AUGAACACACCUACCAAGGGGGCAUCUCAGCGAAAAAUCGGAUCCGAUGAGAUGACGGGGUCACCGCGCAUCACUAGUGCGAUGAUGAUAAGUGAGCAGGACAUUAUGUCUGCUGCUGAGCGACUGGCGCAGGAAAAUAAUACGCUUGUUUGCUCUGAGUUAAACAAGAUAGCUUCAUUGUCAUCUUGCACGCUGUCUCCCUCUAUCACUGCCCAUGUUCUUGGCAUGUUAGACACCAUUGUCGAAGGCUGUGCUAUCGGAGAGUCCAUGACAAUUAAGAUGCUGUCUCCUCCAUCCGAGGCGGAUGCAAAUGUGCCUAGGUCUCCGUUGCCCAAAACACCCGCACGCCUCAGUUCGUCAACUACUUCCAUUCGCUCUCCACUGGCUGCCUCUCUUUCAAGCAGUCAGGGCGCAUCGCUUGCGUCUCCUCUGCAGCGAGGCUCAGAUGCGUUGUAUGAUGCCAUGCACUCUCCCCUAUUCUUUCCUGGCGCAAGUCCGGCCCGUCAAUCUGCCAAUGCUGACAGCCUCACUAUAACAGAGGCGAUAGAAGUAGAGUUCUCCGGGGGGAUAUACGAAGAAACAGACGAGUUGAAGAAGUCCCACAAUGCCAUGUCCUUCUUAACAUCUUCACAACACCUCGUUACGACAGAUGAGCAUGCUAACACUGCACCCGAGGAUACAGAGAUCAUAGAGCUCAAGGACGAUGUAGACUACUCCCAUCAUUACGCAAAAGUGGAGCUGAAUCUUACAGACGAGCAACUUGUGCAGCUCGCUGCUGACGCUGCAGAGAUACCAGACCUCCGUCUGAAGUAUCAUAUCAGGAGACCAUCGGAGCAGGAAAUAGUGCGCUCCUGCAGGUUCUGCUUCGACAACUCGAGAUGCAGUAAGCUCAAGCUUCAUCGCUCGUCGGCCCCUGAUUUCUGUAAGACGUGUACAGAUAGAACACAAUUUGAGCUGAGUUGUAUCAAUAGACUGUCGCAGAUUUUUCACAGAGGGAUCUCUCUGUUUUCUGUCGUUGAUAGCGAGCUUCUUACACCCGACUUAGACUCUAUGUACUCGCGUUUGAUGGCAGACAUUGUAACGAUUUACGAGAUACCAGAUGUCUCAUUCUUACAUAAGUGCGCUGCCACAAUGGCUGGGCUCAGUGAUAAUGCUUUUCGGAAGGAGGUUGUGCAGCCAUCUCUCUUACACUGCAAGCAGGCCAUGGGGAUUCAGGGCGAUGGACCCGUGACCGAGCCUGGAGUACGGUCUCAAAAAGACAAGAAGCAGGGUGCCAUGUUGGUGAUGGCUGAACUUAUAUGCGAGGGCAUCUUUGGCGUUCCAGGCUUUUUGGCAUUCCCUCUCUUUGCUAGAAUACGCUCUGAAUACAGACACAUGCAUCCUUGCUAUCUAGAUAACAUAGACAAGUUUCCUGUUCCGGAGACUAUACGCUCUCAGAUACUCUUGGACGCGCCAGCAGAGAACAACACUUAUACAAAAUUGACAAGCUAUAAAUUCCUCAAACAAGCUGAAAACUUCAAUAUCUACUCUGUCACGCUAGACCAAAUAAGGGCCUUCUACUCCGAAAACAUCAUGGGGCGUUCGACGAAUACACGGCUCUUUAACUGUCUUAAGUUAGGGAAAGCACACGCCAUCGUGGAGGAUGAUCUGAUGGCAUUCAUGGCAGGUGUGUGCAGGUACCAUCCGGCUCUAGAAUUUCUUCGUGCUACUCCCGAAUUUCAGGUCCAGUAUUCCAUCACGGUUGUCACCCGCAUAUUCUAUCUCCUUGACAGGACGUUUAAGCAGCAUAUAACUCACCACGAUCUUACUAUCAAUAAAUUUAUAAAUACGCUCUGGCUUCUUCAACGAGAGCCAGACAUUAACCGUGUCUUAAAGUAUUUCUCUUAUGAGCACUUCUACGUCAUAUUCUGCAAGUUCUGGGAGCUAGACACCGAUCACGACCAACUUAUUUCAGCGCAAGAUCUGUAUAGGUACGGAAUACACACCUGUCCAUUUCCGUACAUCUGCAAAUGCGGAAAAACUGAUGGCACGUGCAUGUGUAACAGAGUGUACAAUCCCAAAGUUGUCGAUAGGAUCUUUGCAGAAAUACCUAGACCGUUCAGGUCGAAUGUACCCGGCAAAAUGAGCUACAAAGACUUUAUUCCGUUUAUUCUAGCAGAAGAGGAUAAGGAUUCAGACCCUGCACUAGACUACUUUUUCUCGCUUAUGGAUGUUGACGGUGAUGGGUACAUUUCCACCGAGGAUAUCAUGCACUUCUGCCCUGAUAUGGAGAAUAUGUACCAUUGCCACAAGAGGGAUACCAAUAGACAGAAAGACAUCAUGUGCCAAAUGGUUGACAUGGCCAAACACACACAACACUGUGUGGGGGAGGGGUUCUAUCACCAAGACCAACGAAUUAGCAAACGAGACGUACGCAGGUGCAAGACACAGGGUAACCUCUUCAACGUCUUCUUCAACUUCACAAAGGCAGUCCAAUUUGAGUGCAAAGAUCCCUACACAAUUAGAUAUAGCCCCCAUAUGUUCGAGAAAACAACAUGGGAGCGGUUUGCCCGCAUUAUCUAUGAUUCCCUAGAGGGAAUGGAGGAAACGGCGCAGGAGGUAUACGAAGAGCCAGAGCCACUUGGAGAUGAUCUGGCGGCAGAUACAAUCAUCCUAGACGCUGACGCGUUAGAUGUUUGA